AUGGAGGGCUCGUACAUUUUCUCCCACGCUCAGCUUGGCAAGAUCCAUGGACUCGAGCAAGGCUCAACUGUGCAGUUUCUGGGGCUACAGUACGGGGAUUUGGCCGAUUCGUUCUCUCCUCCCUCCGUACACGAUGGAAAGGAAACGGAUAUUCUGGAUGCUAGACACUAUGGGCCUUCCGCACCGUCCGCCCCCAACGCAAUAGAGACGGAGUUUGGGCAUCUCCAACAUGCCCUGCCCUAUACUGCAACCCUACAAUCGGCGACAGAAUGCUUGAAUUUGAAUAUAACAAUGCCAAACAAGUUUUCAGCGUCAAACCAGCUGCCCGUUGUUGCUUUCCUUCAUGGCGGCGGCUUUGCCAUUGGCUCCAAUAGCUGGCCACAAUACGACUUCCGGCGUCUUGUUGAGUUGUCCAUCAGCGGCUCGACUCCUAUUAUUGGUGUCAACAUUAACUAUCGGCUUGGUCCGUUCGGAUUUCUUCACUCGAAGGAAAUGGCCGCCAACGGAUACUGUCGGAACAACGCUCUCCAGGACCAAAAGACCGCCCUACUAUGGAUCAAGAAAUAUAUCCGGGGCUUUGGAGGAGAUCCGCUGAAUGUUACGCUUGUUGGGGAGAGCGCCGGUGGAGGAACGAAUCUGCUUCUCAAGCCAGCAGACCCAUCCGUCAACGAAUUCACGUACACGCGUGUUGUGGAAGCAUUAGGGCUAGGAAACCUCUCUCCUGCAAACCGUGUUGAUGCUCUCAGGACAACACCAGCUGAGAAGUUGAUGGCCGCUUUGCCUCCGGGAUUACCCUUUCUACCUAGUACGGGUGGGGACCUCAAUCUACCUGUUGACAACUAUGAAUCAAUAUACGCAGGACAGACGGGAAACAAAGCACAUCUCGGCAAAGCUUGGUGUGAGCAGAUCAUGGUUGGAGAUUGCCAGAUGGAUGGGAGCAUUCUAGCUUUGAUGGUGGGUCCGCAAGAUGGCGAGUUUGUCCCUCGCUUCAAAAGAGCCAUUGAGAAAGCUUUGGGAUCUGAGAGAGCCGCCUUGAUCUUCAAUGCGUACAACAUUACUGAGUCUACUUCGGAUAGUGAUAACUACACGCGAAUCCUGAACUUUGGCAACGAUAUCAAGUUCCUAGCGCCAGUGAUUGUCUACGCCCACGGGUGGGAUGCAAAUACCUUUGUUUACUUUUUCAACGAGCCCAAUACAUGGGAAGGGCCAUGGAAAGGCCGCGCUCACCAUAUCCUUGACGUGGCAUAUCUGUUCCAGAACUACAAUGACCACCUCACCCCAACACAGCAGGAGACAGCCAUCACGUUUGGAGAAGAUCUCAUUCGCUUUGCCAACGGCCAAGCUCCGUGGCCAGUGUUCAAUUUCACAGCCAAGCACACCAAUGCAAAGGUUUAUGGAGCGGCGGACCCAAGCUCAGUGAAGUCCAGAAUUGAAGUUGCUUCUGGACCAGGUGUCAGGACAGAAAGGCGGCAAACCAUUUUCAGCCUUUCCAGUACGAUCCUACUGGGCGAGCUGUCUGACGCUUGGGAUGCGUUCAUGGCUGACCGGUCCUGA